AUGCCAGUAUUAGAAGAAUAUCCUAUUGUGAUUAACCAAGGCAAUUUGCCUCUCAUUAUCACAGCGCCUCAUGGUGGGCUUCAAAAGCCCACCACUAUACCAGAUAGAAAACAAGAAGGAAGUUUAUUGUUAGCAGAUAUGUAUACGAGAGAAAUUGCUCAAGGUAUCAUGAAAGGUAUAAGCGAUCAUUAUCAUGAAAACAAAGCAACACCUCAUAUCAUCAUCAACCGAAUUGCACGCAGAAAAGUAGAUGUCAAUCGACCACUGAACGAAGGAACAGAAAGUAAACAAGGCGAAGUUGUCUGGAAAGAAUAUCAUCACCGUGUUCAACAGGCGAUUGAAUCUGUCAAAAGAGAGUAUGGAUUUGGAAUUAUGAUCGACAUUCAUGGACAUACACAUUCAAAUGAAAUGGUAGAGUUGGGUUAUUUGUUAGAAACCAAUGAUCUCACACUCAACAUACCGCAUCUUGACCAACUGAUUCUACAAAAAAGCUCUAUAGGAUCACUUGUCAAACGAUAUCAAGACACAAAACAGCCUCAUCAAUUGCUUUACUUGUUAGGCGACAUGCUCACAUCCUACAGUGAAAACAAAAUAACCGUCGUGCCUUCUACAUACAACCCAAAGCCACAAAAUGACAUGGAUUACUUUAGUGGUGGCUAUACUACACAGGCGUAUCACAAGCAUAUCGAUAUGAUUCAGUUAGAGAUACCCAAAUCCAUUCGACUGAAUGAGACCAAUAGAGCCUACUGUAUUCAAGUGAUUGUUCAGGCAAUGGUUCAUUUAUUGGACACAUAUUAUCUAGCAACAUCUAGAAAUAAAUUAUAA